AUGCAAGGAUUGUCAUUUCGUGGUCAUGAUGAAUCGAAAGAGUCUCUUAAUAGAGGAAAUCUAAUAGAGUUAUUGAACUGGUAUGCAGCUUGUUGUAAGGAAAUUAAUGAAGUAUUAUUUAGUAAUGCUCCUGAAAAUGAUCAAAUGACUUCACCAACCAUCAAAAAGGAUUUGAUUAAUUAUUGUGCCGUAGAGACGACAAGGACUAUUAUCAAUUGGAUUGGUGAUUCUUCAUUUUCAAUUUUAGUUGAUGAGGCUCGUGAUAAUUCUGUGAAAGAACAAAUGAUAGUUGUUUUAAGGUUUGAUGAUAAAAGUGGGCGAGUGAAGGAGUGUUUUUUAGGUAUGUCCCAUGUCACUGAUACUUGUGCCCAAUCACUGAAGGAUGCCAUUGAUGCAAUGUUUUCUACACAUGGGUUUAGUAUAUCUAGUCUGAGAGGUCAAGGCUAUGAUGGAGCAAGUAAUAUGUCAGGUGAGUUCAAUGGGUUGAAAGCUUUAAUUCUUAGAGAGAACCCACAUGCUAUGUAUAUUCAUUGCUUCGCUCACCAGCCUCAGUUGGCAAUUGUAUAUGUGACACGUAGGAAUUGUAUGGUUGGUGAUUUUUUGGACGUACUUGCUAUUAUUGUGAAUUUGGUUGGUGCAUCAUGUAAGCAUGUAGAUGCUCUUCGAACAAGUUAUCAAGCUAAUAUUCUAGAGAAGCUUAAUACUGGGGAGCUUACUGGUGGAAGUGAUGUUCUUGAGAAUAUAUCAGAAGAUGGCGUACGUUCAGAUAAAAAAUCUUCAACCUUAAGACAGAUGAACAAUAUGCAAGAUUUUGAGUUUAUGUUCAGUCUUCACUUUAUGUUUGAAAUUCUUGCAAUUACAGACGACCUUUCACAAACCUUACAGAAAAAGGAUCACGAUAUUCAGAAUGCUAUGAGGUUAUUGAAUUUGUGUAAGUGUGCAUUGCAGAACUUGAGAGAGAAUGGUUGGGAUACUUUGUUCAGUAGGGUGAUUGAGUUUUGUGUUGAUAGACAUAUUUUAGUGCCUAAUAUGGAAGAUAUUGUAGUAGUGAAAGGUCGACCUAGGCGUGUAGCUCAGCAGGUGACUUAUUUUCAUCGCUUUUAUGUUGAUUUGUAUUGUCAUGUGAUAGACUCAAUCUUGCAAAAGUUGAAUGAUCGAUUUUCAAAAACAACUAUUGAGCUCUUUACUUGCAUUUCAUGUUUAAGUCCAAGAGAUUCAUUUGCAGCUUUUGAUAAGGAUAAGUUGUUACGUCUUGCUCAGUUUUAUCCUUUGGACUUCAAUAGUGAAGAACUUUUAUUACUUAGAUCUCAACUUGAUAAGUUUCUUGUGCUUGUGAGAAUGGACGAAACUUUCUUUAAUCUCAAUAGUAUAUCCUGUGUAGCUCAGAAGUUGAUUGAAACUAGAAGUUCCUGUUAUUUUCCAUUGGUUUAUAGGCUGCUCACCUUGGUUUUGAUAUUACCUGUGGCAACUACAAGUGUUGAAAGGGUAUUUUCUGCUAUGAAUCUAAUCAAGAGUGAUUUGCGCAACAAAAUUGGAGAUGACUGGUUGAAUGACAAUUUGGUGGUUUACGUGGAGAAAGCUAUUUUUAAAAAACUUGAGAAUGAGGAAAUAUUGCAACGUUUUCAAAUCAUGAGAUCUUGUAGAAUACAGUUGUCUAAGUUUACAGUUACAGAGUAA